AUGGAGUGCGGUAUUGAAGGAGACCAGAGUGGGGACAAUCUUACACGGGCCGGUAUAUAUACCUCUCGCUUGGACCUUUCCAUCAGAACAGUCCUACCGGCUUCAGCUGAAUACAGGAGGUCCAUCAUGAACGGUUUGAUCGUGUUUCUUGCUUUGGUAGGUGCCGCCAUGGCCCAGUACGGCCAUGCUGGAGUCCAAGAGACCCCAGAGGUCGCUGCGGCUAGGGCUGCCCACCUUUCUGCAUUGGCUGCUGCCGGAGGACACGUCCCAGCUCCCGCUGCUCACGGCUAUGGCGCCCCCGCUGCCGCAGGCGUUCCCGCUGACACCCCCGAGGUAGCCGCCGCCAAGGCCGCCCACUUCGCUGCCCUCGCUAAGGUCGGAGGCUCCCCACAGGGUGCCUACGACAAUGGCGCCUACAACCCAUCUUACGACAACAGCGGCGCCUACAACCCAUCCUACGACAACAGCGGUGCCUACAACCCAACCCCAUCCUACAACAGCGGAAGCUGGCACGGACCUCAGGCCCUCCCCCCAGGCUUCGACGCCAACGGCGCUCCCCUCCCAGUCCAGGACACCCCCGAGGUCCAGGCUGAGCGUGCCCACCACCUUGCCCUCGCCGCUCGUGCUGGUGCUCCAGUUCCAGCCCCAGCUUGGAACGCCGCCCCUGCUCCCGCUUGGAACGCUGCUCCAGCUCCAGCUUGGAACGCCGCUCCAGCUCCAGCCUGGAACGCCGCCCCAGCUCACUCAUGGAACGCCGCUCCAGCUCCAGCCUGGAACGCCGCCCCCUCUGGCCUUCCCGCUGACACCCCUGAGGUAGCCGCCGCUAAGGCCGCUCACUUGGCCGCCCACCAGGCCGCCGGCCACAGGUACAAGAGGUCCCUCAUCGCCGCCCACCCCCUCCUCUCCCACUCCAUCGCCUACACCGCUCCCAUCGCCAUCGCUCCCAUCGCUCCUCUCCACGUCCCAGUCCUCAGGCACUCCAUCCUCCUCUAAAUGGUCAACAGCUGUGAAACACGAUCUCCUGGAGAGUCCACGUCAGGAGCUCCUGGUUAAAUAUUUUGUUACCGAUCCGUUCUAGUUUCUUUUUUAAUUUUUACCGAGCAAAAAUAAAUUGAGGUAAGGCCUCACAAAAACCAAAACAAUAUCUACAGUUUCAUUAUUUAUCCCUUUCUCCUUAUUUUGAAAAACCAAUAAAAUAACUAUUCUUAUGAUUGAUGUAUUUCUAGUUUCAUUUGGUCUAAAAACAUCUGGAAAUAAAAGUACCAGAUUAGUGUCAGUUUACAACUAUCACAACUUAAACAACAGUUAAGCACUGCACCCAUCUAAGUGGUGACCUA